AGGAAACUGGCGUUUUGCUGCGUUUACGUUUUGCUCUGCUGGGACCCACGCGCACGCGAGCUGAAGAAAAACGCAAGUCUGUUGCUGCUGAGAAACGCAAGUUUCCUCUACACGCACCGUUUCACUUAUCCUCCUACACGCACCGUUUCACUUAUCCUAUAACACUGGAACAAAACAUCACCAACGGUCAUUCAGCUCUACGCACCGUUUCAUUUAAAAAGCUCUACGCACCGUUUCAAUGCAAGAGCUGAAACAAUCAACCCAUUUUGCCUCUUGCGCGUACUGUUCAUGUCUCAAAAUGCUGAGGAAAACGGUGCACAAGUAGAAGCUGUCAAAACAGAGCAUCAACGGUGCGCAGUCCAUUGUAAUGGCUAUUUCCAUUCUCACGGCUUCUGCUUUUUCUCUCAACUACCAGUGGCAGAAUGCUUUCAAUCCCCUUCAAUGCUCCGUCCAAUUCGUCUUCAAUGUCGUUCACCUACCCACCAACCAGCUUUGGGUCAAAACAAAGCACAACAAUUGAUUACUGCAAACCCAGUAGGCAGAACCAAAAGAAAAGAUCCCCUCUGUUCAACAAACACUCGAGCUCACCUUCUCUCCGCUUAGGUCAUCGUCGCCGCCACUCCCCAUCUCUGCAUUCACGGAAGGGAGUUGUAGGAAAAAUGGUUAAGCAGAAGAAAUCAAUGGAGGGUGGUAGUAAUGAUGAAAGAGCUGACUGGAAAGACCCUAAGGAACUAGAGGCUUUUUGUCGGUUUUGUGCUGUUCAAGUCAUGGCGGGCCAAAGGAAGCCUACUGGAUUUUUGUCCAAAAUUGGCCAAAGUGAAGUGAUUCGGCAGUUGGGUGAGAUUGAAAAAGUAGUGACUUGGCUGCAGAUUAAAAACAAAUGGGAUCAUUUGAGAAAAAGGUGGAAGAUUUAUAACAAGUGUUUGGAGAAUGAGACUGGGUUGGGUUAUGAUCCUGUAACUGGGAUGUUUGACGCACUUGAUGAGUGGUGGAAUCGAAAGAUUGCGGCAUGUCCCGAUGCAAAAACCUUGAAAACGAAUGGUUUGCCUAAUCGUGACCUUCUGAACAUCAUGUUUGGAGGCACGGCUGCAACAGGAAAAAAUGCAUUCUGCACGAGUGGUCCAAUACCAACGGAAACCACCGAAGGGUCUGGGGACUCCGGUAAUAGCAUAGAAUUUGUUGACCCCCAAUGUGAACCCGUUGUGAAUGUUGACGCAAUGGAGGUUGAAGGUCCAUCAUCGUCGAGGGUAGGACCAGCAGUGAAUAAGGGGAAGGCCUAG